CCACCUCUCCUUUCCCUCCCCCUCACUCUUUGGCCAUGGCCCAUACAAUCGCUGUACAAAACCUCACAUACCAUCACGUCCCCGCUGCAGAGCCUUCUCUCAACGACAUAUCCCUUCAUCUCCCCCCAGGAUCACGCACCAUCCUUGUUGGAGCCAACGGAGCGGGAAAAUCCACCCUCUUACAAAUCCUCGCAGGAAAGCGUCUUGUCAAUGGCGCCGACAUCCGCAUCAAAGGCAGAGAUGUCUUUAGAGACUCUCCACCCGGCGUUACUUUCCUAGGCACAGAAUGGGCAAUGAACCCCGUUGUCCGUAGUGAUAUCAAAGUCUCCGUCUUCCUCGACUCUGUCGGAGGAUACCGCUACAAGGAUCGUAGAGACCAGCUCCUCGAUAUUUUGGACGUCGAUUUGGAUUGGCGCAUGCAUAUGAUCUCCGAUGGCGAGCGUCGUCGCGUCCAGCUUUGUAUGGGCCUCAUGGCACCCUGGGACGUCCUCCUUCUCGACGAGGUCACCGUAGAUCUCGAUGUCCUCGUCCGGGAUGAACUCCUCACCUUUCUGCAAAACGAUAGCAUCACACGCGGCGCCACUAUCCUUUACGCCACUCACAUCUUUGAUGGCCUGAAUACCUUCCCCACCCACAUCGCGCAUAUGCGCUUUGGCUCUUUCGUCACUGAACCCACGGUCUGGCCUUCGGGCUUCUUCAACACCGUAUCUACCCCUCCGCCAGGCGCGCUAUACAGUACCGCGUUGCAAUGGCUGAAAGAGGAUCGUGACUAUCGGCGGGGGCUCGAGACGGCCGGUCGUAGGGCGAGAGGUGCCCGCAAGGGUGAGGUACCUACGGAUUCGGAGACCUUUUAUAAAAAGUACGACUAUGGUCACUAAGGCAAAGCGCCUUCGGGAAGGCAUGUUAUACCCUGCAUUCAUCUGCUGUGGUUACCUAGCAUCUGUUUCAACACCCUCAUUAUGACAUCCGCAUUCGUCCGCACAACACGCUUUUAGCACCUCAUCUUGCAAUUGUCUCAACACAUCCAGCAUCGUUUCAACACCACUGUAGCAUAACUUGUUAUCUUAACAUAGCAUCGUCGCCAUACUUACCGCAAACUUACCGCGUAUCACUCUUGUUCAACCAGUUUUAUCCUUUUUUGUUGUUGUCGAAUGACGGGUUUCCGGAAUCCCUGUUCAUCGCAAAGUUCAUCGCUACAUUCA